ACCUUACAUACGGCGCUAAGAGCGCAGGCGCAGGACAGGUCGGUAACGGCACGAUUGUUGACUAGCGUAUGGAACGCAAAUCCUACGUGAUGACGUAGUUCCGGGGGCGGCGCCAGCUGUGCGCGUCAUUGCAAAUAUGGCUGUCAAUAUGAACGUGGGUGAAGUGGUGGAGGCGCUGAAAAUACUACUAACACCUAGAGAAUCUGGAAUUAGUGCCAAUAACAGUGAUAAACAGGCCGCCUUACUCAGCACCUUACAGUUUAAUGUUUCUGCCUUGGAAGAAGAACUGAAGCAAGCCUCUAAGUGGGAGACCCUAGUUACUUUACAAGACAGAGUCUAUAAAGAUGCCCCAUGGCUAAAUGAAAGUCCACAAUCUCAAAUAGAUCCAUCAUGGAAGUUCACUUCAGAAGCCCUGCUUCUUCUGCUAUGUCUUAAGGAGUGUAUGAUCGACUUGGCAAAGACUUUUCAACCCUCUAAACCCAACAUGAGGACUCCUGAGGCAGCCCCUUCUCUGAGUCCAGAUACCCUUAGCAUUUCUCAGCAAAAGACUGUGCAAUCCGCUCUGCAGUUUGUAGUGUCUUUGGGAAUCUGCCCAUAUCUUCUUCCAGGGAUUGGCCUUCCUUUACAGCAUCGAUCAGGAUUUGGAGCACUUGUGUGUUCGGUGGUUACAUGUGAUUUGCCACAAGUUCGUACACGUAGGCUGUACAUUACAUGUAUGUCCUUGUUGAAAGUGUCUCACCAUUCAUCUCUAGGAAGCCUGCUCUUUACCCAGCAUCUGGGAGACGUUAUGGCCGGACUUUGUCAGCUUGGAUACUGCCCGACCAAAGCUACAGCUGAUCAGGGCAUGAAGACUCUGACAGAGUUUGAUAGGGGCCAGUGCAAGGAGGCUUUGAGAGAACUCCUGGAUCAGUUAUACCAGCCACUUGUUAUCAGAGAGCUGCUUAUCUUGCAGGGAGGCCCUAGACAGGGUCCUCGUCCUUCUGGUGCUACAUCUCCACUGCAGAGAGCCCCAGCUCCUGCCUGGUUACGGCGCCUCUCUGGACAGUUGCUGUCUGAAAGAUUGAUGAGACCUAAUGGAGUACAAGCUGUAGUACGUGGGAUCCUGGAAGAUGCAGGAGCUGGUGUAGCAGGGGGUCGUGAAGCUGAAGCUGCUGCCAGCAACUGGAAGAAGUGUGAUGCUAUAGCAAAGGUCUUGGCUUCAUGUCCUCAGCAGUCGGUUAGUGUUGAGGAGUAUUACCGCAUAGUUUGUCCUCAGAUCCUAGACUUGCUCCACAUCCAGAACUCCUUGACAGCUCGACAGUUUCAAAGAGUUGCCACUGAAACUUUCCUUAAGAUGGCACGGGAUCAGCCUCAGCAGGCAGAGAAAUAUUUAGUUCUACCCAUGCUAAAACCCCUAAUGCAUUGUACCAUGACUGAAGCAGAGAAGUCUCCAGUCCCUGGAGAGACGUUGGUGUCUGAAUCCUUAUUGUCACAAUGUAUUGAAGACAUUGUUAAGGUGUUUGUAGUGGGCAAUGAUGCCACAGUUGCCAUAUUGAAUUCCAGCAGACAAGUCCUCUCAGUCGUCUUUUCCCUUUACUGUUUUGCCAGGCAGAAUGCAUCCCACGUAAGGUCUUCAUGUCAGGAUAUCCUUCUUUGGUUCCUAGAGAAGUCAGACAGAGAAUUAGCGGUGUCUGCACUGGCUGGAUUGUGUGGCUUGGAAUCCUCUCUGGCAUCUUUGCCUCACUAUUGCCAUAUCAAGCCUGGGAGUCAAGGAGGAGCAAUGAUCAUUGUAAAGGAAGACCAGAGUGAGGAUGAUGAUGAUGCCCUGUAUGACAAAGUGACUGGAGAGCAGUGGAGGUUGGAGUGUUUAGUGGAUUUACUCUCCAUUAAUCCUUGCACAGGACUAGCAGCUGAUUUAUUUCUGUACUGUCUUAAGAGGCUGACCCCUAUUUCUGCCGGAGAAGAAGGACCAGACCUCAGUACUAGUCCAGAGGAUAGCCUCUUAGAUAUAGAGCGUAAGCUCUCACUCCGUUAUCAAUCUCAAGAGAAACAGCUUCAGCUUCUUCAGGUUUUGUCGGUGCUCUGUGAGAGGAUCUCUGACUCCAUUUUUACAGAUGUCAAGCAGGUAGUGGAAUUUGUUACGAUGACUCUUGAGAGGGCCUGUACCAGCAUUGCGACCUCAGAAGGAGGUACUGUGGCAUCUCAGACACUCAGUAUGGCUAUGGGACUGAUAGCUGCCAUGUUAGGAGCAGUAGAGUUGACUUCAACAGAUUUUGACCAUUUGAAGAGAUUGAUUCCAGUGCUGGAAAAAGUAAAGGAAUCCCACCCAGAGCCAGUAAUUCAGGAGCUGGCUAGUGACCUACGAGUUACCAUUGCCACACAUUGUGCUGUUCCCCUAACAAGCAGGAUACCUAAUGACCUUGACACAGAGAAAAAGGACGCAAAGCAGUUAAGGCAAAACAGAGAUUCUGAUGUACAAAACAUACAAGAGAUGCUUAGCUCAGCCAAAGAUUCGGAUGUACCAACUAGGGCAGCAGCCCUGCGGUCUCUUACCCGUCUCCUGGAGCAAAGGCAUCCUCAAAUACUAGAACACAGGGAGCAGAUUGUGCAGCUCUUUGUGAAGAAUUUGGAGCAGCAAGACCCCUUUGUGUAUCUAUCAGCAAUACAAGGCAUUGCUGUACUGUCUAGGGACAUCCCUGAGCGCAUCCUGCCUAUCCUUCUAGCACAGUAUGAGACUGCAGUGUCACCUAAAGCAAAGGCAACAGCUCCAGAGACUAGGAUGAAAGUAGGAGAAGCACUGAUGAGAUGCACAAGGACUCUGGGUGACAUGGUUCUCCAACACAAAGACACAUUGAUUCACGCCUUUCUGAAGGGAUGUCGAGACACAGACAGCUCUAUAAGAGCAAGCAGCCUUUCUAACUUGGGUGAAUUGUGUAAGCAACUGCAAUUUUCCUUGGGUCCUGUAAUUCAUGAAGUGACCUCGUGUUUAUUGGCUGUGAUUCACACUGACCCAGAGGCCCAAGUGAGGAGAGCAGCCAUCCAUGUGAUUGUCUUACUUCUAAGAGGGCUCAGUGAGAGGGCAACUGAGGUGUUACGUGAUGUGCUACUGGACCUGUACCGCUUGUUAAAAUUUGUGGUGCAGUGUGACAAGGACUCCGUAUCCGUGCUUCAUGCCCAGCUGGGAUUGGAGGAAUUGGACAGCAUCAUGAGAGCUUGUCUGUUUCCUCCUCAGAAACUGGAGAAGAAAAUAGUGGUUUUGCCUUAAGACAUAUAAAACAUUAUUCAGAUGUAAAAAGAAGCUUUUUUUACGCACAAAUCUCAGCACCUAUUGCACCAGUAAUGCAGACUUUCGUGUAUGUUAGAUAUACCAGCAACAUGUUAAAUCAAUGAUGUUUCUAUGCUUUGUCCAAAUCCUGCAAAGUGGCCAUAUAUACUAUCUGAAAACUGGGCUGUAUAGUAAGGGAGAAUGACGAAGGUUUCUAAAAAUAAGACCUCUACCAUAUAAACACUGAAAUGUAAAUGUAAUUAACACAGUUGAUCCCUAAUGUAUAGGAAAAGGUGAGAAUUGAAGAUUUUUUUUCUAGCCUUCAGUGAAGGAAAAUAUGGAUUUUAUGAAAGAAAGGAGACGAACAUUAUGCUAUCAUCAAGCAAUGAAAACGUUUUACAGAAAGAAAAAAUUUACAUACAUUAUGCAAAUGAACAUAUAGUCAACAGCCAAUAGCAGGACAACCUAUGUAAUAAAGUG